UAGUCGUCCCGUCCUCCACACCCACCUUCGACUGCUCGUGCGAACAGUUGUGGUUUGGGGGACACAUUCGGGAAACAAUUGGAAAUCCUAAGAAGGAUUUCCUUUCUUAUCCCUUUCCUUUUUGGGUGCAGUUGCAUCGCGCCCAAAAGACAGCGACCAGUGAGAGGCGUGGAUACCAAAAUAUCGAGCUAGAGCGCACCUUGCCUCUCUUUGGAGACGGUCUACGCAGUCAUUCCAGGGAAAGAUGGGGGGAAAGCAAGCGCGAUUUUUUAUAUCGAAAGGACCAGUUGACCAUUUAAAUUUAUGAUACUAAGUACAUGUCACUGCAUUCAUUCCGGUGGGAUUAGUUUAUUCUGACAAGGAAAACUCUCUCAGCCUCAGAGAAAAAAUGGAUACGUCACCAUCCAGGCAGCAGUAUGGGGCGAAGAAGCGUGUAAAGAUCCACCCCAACACCGUGACGGUGAAGUACACCACCCACUUCCCCCAGCCGGGCGACGAGGGCUACGACGAUGCGCCUUCUUUCGAAGACUUCAGCACUUUCGUGGACGACAACCCCAAGAAGAGGCUGAUAACGGACGGCAAGCACGGGAGGACUUUCUUUGGCGCCAUAAACAGCCAGCCCAAGCUGGGCGGGGACAGGAGGGAGCAGGGGGUGGGCGAGCAGCUCCAGAGCUUCGGCGAGGCCUCGGUCCUGGCCUCGCGGGUCACGUGGGCCGCCCUUUUCGGGGCGGCGCUGGCCCACGGCUGCGUGGCGCUCAUCACCCGCCUGGCAGCGGACCGCUCCAAGGUGCCCUCCCUGGAGCUCCUGUUCAUCCGCUCGGUGAUCCAGGUGCUCUCCAUCACGGUGGUCUACUACUACCAGGAGGCCCCUUUUGGGCCCAAGGGCUACAGGCUGCGCCUCUUCUUCUAUGGCAUCUGCAACGUCAUAUCCAUCACCUGCGCCUACACUUCCUUUGCCAUCGUGCCGCCCAGCAACGCCACCAUCAUAUGGCGAGCCACCACCACCGUCUUCAGCGCCGUGCUGGCCUUCCUGCUCAUCGACGAGCGGCUGGGUUACACGGACGUGGUCACGGUGGUCAGCAGCGUCUUCGGCCUCUGCCUGGUCAUGAUCCCCAACAUUGCCGACGAGGAGAAGUCGCCCCUGGGCUUCUGGAAGGAGGCCUUCGGCUACACCAUGACAGUGAUGGCCGGGCUCACCGCCGCCCUCUCCAUGAUCGUCUAUCGGGCCAUCAAGGAGCGGGUCAGCAUGUGGACGGCCCUCUUCACCUUCGGCUGGACGGGCACGGUGUGGGGGGCGUCCACCAUGUUUAUCAUGCAGGAGCCCAUAAUCCCCCUGGACGGGGAGACCUGGGGCUACCUCAUCGGCAUCUGCAUCUGCUCCACGGUGGCGUUCCUCGGCGUCUACUACGCCCUGAACAAGUUCCACCCGGCGCUGGUCAGCACCGUCCAGCACCUGGAGAUCGUGGUGGCCAUGAUCCUCCAGCUCCUGGUGCUGCGCAUGAUCCCGUCCGUCUACGACGUCAUCGGAGGACUGGUCAUCAUCGUCAGCGUCUUCGUCCUCACAGGGGUCAAGCUGUACAGGGUGGAGAGGGCCAGGCGGCAAGAUUAUCAAGAAAUCCUUGAUUCGCCGAUCAAAUGAGCACCAUCCCCCUCCACCCGUACCCCCCACCUUUACCACACACAGUGUUAUGAGUUCCCCUCCCUCACAUGUAACAGUCUCAUGAAUGUCUGAAUCUGAUCUCUUUAUUUUGUAUUGUGCUGUUGAAAGAGUGACAGUUCUGUAAUGUCUUUGGAAACUAUCAUGUGUAGAAAAUAAAGAAAAUAGCUCAGA